CACAGGAACAAAAGACAGGAGAUCGACUUUGUAGACGAAGUUCCCCCUCCUGUAGUUGAUAAUCCUGAGGAUUCAUGUGACUUUGGAAACGGGUUAUUAUUAAAGCUCUGUACUUGGUCAAAUCCACUGAAUACUCCUUCUAGUCUGCGGUGGAAAACUGGGCGUGGUGUUACUUCCAACUGGUUCGGAGGACCUCGAACUGACCACACUAGUGCCAAUGCUGAUGGCGGUUAUGCCUUCUUCGAGACUUCCUAUCGAGAAACGGAUGACCAGCGUGAGCAGUUUCCAAACGGUCAAACAUCACAGUUCCAGAAUUCAGAACGAAGAACCACUGCUCUUCUGGUUAGUCAGAAUAUGAGUCAGACUGAUCCUAGUGGCUUCUGUGUCAGCUUCUUCUAUGCUAUCAAUGGCUUGAGUGCACAGAGUUUGAAGAUGUUGCUCAUAGAUGGGGAAACUCUCGAAAAGCGGACUCUGUGGGAGAGUACAGAUGGGCUAGAGGGCAGCUGGAGGAAGGGUGAAGUGGGCUACACGUACGAAAAGACUCACCAGGUAGAGAUUAUGAUCGAGGGUGUUCCAAAGAAUCAUUCUGAUCCUUCCAGGAUUUUUCGUGGGUAUAUAGCCCUGGAUGAUAUCCGGUUCGAGUCUCUUUCUGGUGGUGCUUCUAAUUGUUUAGGUAAGUGUAGAAGUCUGUUGAAGUUCUUUAAUAUCAAUUACUCUAGCGAUAACAACCCCAUCUGUAUGACGUUUGCUACACACAUGUUUGGGAAUGGGAUCGGAACAUUGAGAAUCCUGAAGCGAAGUCAAGGGACUAAUGAAAUCAGCACUAUCUGGGAGAUCAGUGGGCCUUCAGGGAACAGAUGGUAUGAAGCCAGGGUUCCGGUUUCCUCCCCGAAACCAUUUCAGUUGAUAUUUGAAGCAACAGUUGGUAAAAACUACCUCGGUGAUAUCGCUAUUGACAACAUUGCUUUCAGACCGGGAACCUGCCCAAUUUUUCCCCAGACAGCGUCGCCGACUUCAGGUAACUGUUUAAAAUGUUCUCUCCUGUGUCCUAGCUAA